AUCAACAUGUCGCCCUUCGGUGCUGUGUGUCGUGCGUUGGCGAAGCACGGUGUGGAGGUCUUUUGUCCAGAAAAUCUGUUCUUUGGACUCGUUUUGAACACAGCUGCAGAAGAAGAAGAAUUCACCCAUUAACCAUCACAAGGUCAAGGAUGACCAGCUAAUUGUGACGAACACAAGGCUGCAGGCAGAGCAACACAGAGUACUUUGGACAGAGAACAUCAGCAGCAAAAGCUCUUAAGAUGAAUCAAUUUCAAGAACAUUAUCAGCAGUGGAUGCUGCAGCAGAUGAUGUUUCAACAGAACAUGCAGCUCCAAGCACAACAGCAAAUGCAAGGGACGGGAUACGAACUACUGUUUGCUUUACGGGAAAGACGAAUGGACUUCAAUGACCAGCUCCAAAAGUGGGAGAGGGAUUUUAAACAGUGGAAAGAUGACCACCUGGGCCAUCCUAAUAAAGAACAGUUUAAUAGAUACCUUGAGCAAUGGAAAGGCUGGCAGAUGCAGAUGGAAAACACACUGAGGGAUAUCCAGAAGCAGAUAGUAAAUGAGGAAGAUGCAAUUCGAGUAAGGGGAAUGGCUGUACCUCCUGAGCAGUCCCGCCCCAAAAAUCGUGGAAAAGACAAAGGGCAAAGUAAAAACUCAGGAAUGGGCCCAGGCAUGAGUUCAGGUAUGGGACCAGGCAUGGGUUUAGGUAUGGGUCUGAGCAUGGGUUCAGGUAUGGGCCCAGGCAUGGGUUCAGGUAUGGGUCUAGGUAUGGGUCAAGGUAUGGAUCCAAGCAUGGGUCAAGAUAUUGGUCCAGGGAUGGGUUCAUUUAUGGGUCCUGGUAUGGGUUCUAGUAUGGGUGUGGGUCCAGGCAUGGUUCCAGGCAUGAGUCCAGUCGUAGGCUUAGAUAUGGGUCCAGGAAUGGGGUCAGGCAUGGGCCCAAAUAUGGGACCAGGUCAGGGUCCAGGCAUGGGUCCAGGGAUGGGCCCUGAAAUGGGUCCUGGAGCUGGAAUGAAUGUGGGCAUGGGUCCUGGUGUGGAUUCAGGUAUGCAACCUGGUGUUGGACCAGGAGUACGUCCAGGCAGUGGUCCUGGCAAAGUAGGUCACCGUGGUCCAGGAGGUUCCAGAGGGGGUGAUCCAAGAAGAUCAGGACCGGGGGAUUUAGAAAGAAUGGGUCCAGAUAGAAUUGGUCCAAGGGAUUCGAAUGAAAGGGGUCCAAGAGGCCCAGCUGGAAUCCCUCCUAGAGGUCCAAGAGGAAUGGGUCCUGGAAUAAUGGGUCCUGGUGACAUGGAACCAGGAGGCCCUGGUUCAUUUGGCCCAAGGGGCCUGCCUGGCCCUGGAACAAUGGAUGGUCCACGCAUGGGUCCAAGAGGUCCCAGGGAAAUGGGCCCAAGGUUUGCCAGUGGAAAAGGUCCAGAGAAAAUAGGACCAAGGGGUCCUGUUGGAAGAGGUCCAAGAGGACCUGAUCAAAUGGGUCCAAGAGGUCCAAGUGGAAUUGGUCCAAGAGGUCCUCUAGAAAUGGGUCCAUUGGGUCCUGGUAAUGUGGGUCCAAUUGGUCCAGGUGACAUGGGCCCUAUUGGAUUGGGUUCAGGUGGCAUUGGUCCAAGAGGUCCUGAUGGAAUGGGCACAGUUGGUCCUGAUAGAUUCGGCCCAAGGGGUCCUGGUAUUAUAGGACCUCGAGGCCCUGGACCUAUGGAACCCAGAGUUCCAGCUGAAAUGGGCCCAACAGGUCUCAGAGGGUUUCAAGGACCAGAGCAUGGCAUGGGUCCACCUGGUAGUGGUCCGCAGGCAGUGGACAGUGGUAUAGAUAUGAAUCCAAGUGGCAUAAAGCCUGGGGUCAUGGAUCGUCAAGGAUUUGGAGGACCAAGUGUGGAUUUCCACAUGAGAAACCCCAACGAAAUGGGAAUGCAAGGGGCAUUACCUCAAGGAAUGGACCAAACAAUGGGUGCACAGGGGAUGUGGCAGCAAGGAAUGCCACUGCCAGGAAUGGGACAACUUGACACUGAACAGAACGCAAUGAUGGCACAAACUAUGGGACCUCUAGGAAUGGGGCCAGUGGGAGUGAUGGCCCAAGGUACAGCUGCUCGUGUACAUCCUGCACCGGAGCCCCCGGUAGUAGUUGUACCAAGCAAGCCAUCCAAAGGAAACACCACAAAAGACAAGGCCAAGACUGAUUUAGCCCCACCAGGUGUGGACUUUUUCUCACCACCUACCAUUGGCCCUCCUCCUAAGAUACCUCCGGCAAAGCCUGAGACAGAAGACGCUAAAUCUGCCGUUGGCACUGAGAAGUCCGAGAGAGAAGAUGCUGACAAGAUAUCUGCCUGGCCACCUACAUCCCAGGAUGGUAAAGUCCCUUUGAAAAAGUACCCAUCUGUGAAAAAAGAAGCACCCCUCAUAAUAAAACCACCUCCAGAUCAGACUGAAAAAUCUGCAACAAAGCAGUCUGUGGCAAUCCCUAAAGAGGAGCCUGAGAAAUCACCAGCCACUACCAAUAAGUUCAAGGAAAAUAGCAAAGUAGAGAAGCCUGAAUCUACUGCUAAGUCUGAUGACACCAAAGUGGCACCAAAUGACGAUGUUGUCAUUGUUCAAGAAGCUUCUAGACGUGACUCUGAGAAGGUAGAAACUGGCAGCAAGGUUAAAAAAGAAAUCAGUGCAAGUGUAAAGGACAAGUAUAACUCCUUAAAACUGGAGGAGGACGCUCAAAAGGAUGCGCAAUCGUACAUCAAACUGAGCAAGAAGAACUACACUUCAAUCUUUCCUCUUCGAAAUCGUGACCGUUUCCGGCGAAGGGUCAGUAAGAGUAAGAGCAAAAGUAGGAGUCGCAGCAGAAGCCCCCACAAAAUUAAUCGGAGCAGAAGCCGUAGCCGCAGCAAGAGCAGAAAUUGGAGCAAAAACCGAAGCCGUAGCAGAACUAGGAGCCGAAGCAGGAGCAGGAAUCAAAGCAGAAACCUCAGCCGAAGUAAGAGCAGAAGCAGGAGCAGAAAUCGGAGCAAAAACCGAAGUCGGAGUAGAAGCCAAGGCAGAAAUUGGAGAAGGAACAGAAGUCGGAGCAGGACUAGGAGCAGGAGUCGGAGUCGUAGCAGAAGUAGGGGCCGUGAUAGGAGUCGUCGGAGCUGGGAACGUGGUCAUGGUUAUGGCCGAGAUCGUGGUCGCAAUAAGAGUCCUUACCGAGGGGGCAACAGGAUUCCUUUUAGGGGUCGUUACAAGAGUCCUGAUAGAAGCCGUUUGAGAAGUCCAAAUCGGGAUCCUCUAACCAGGAAAGAGCCAUUCCAGAAAGAACCAUUGGAGAGGCCCAGUGGCAGGCAGGCUGAGCUACCGAGGAGCUACAGGCUUGACUCGCCACCCCGAUCAGAGCCUCUGGCAACGCAACCAGUGAGCGCCACUUCAGUGCAGGAACUCAGUGAAAGGGAGCAUGACAUUAUCCGCAAAGCAGCACAGGAAUUGAAAAUGAUCCGAGAACAGCAGAAGAAGUUACUGCCAGGAGGUCCAGAGGGAGAGGCAGCUCCAUUACCAGACAUGCUGGUUGACAGACUUGCUCCAGAGCGUAGGAGCCCAGAGAGAAUUGAGAGAGAGAGAAACCCAGAGCUUGAGAGACCUGAGAGAAUGCUGCAUCCAAUGGACAGGCCGGGACCAGACAGGUACAGGGGUGGCAAUGAACCGGGAAGAUUCCAUCCAGAUGACUUGCCUCGUUACCGCGAAGAAGAGGCCUACCCACCCAGGGGUGAAUUCUACGACAGGGAAGGCGUGUACAGGAGAGGGCCUCCCCGCUAUGCCGACGACCCAUACAUCGCUGAUCGGUAUGCAGAAGGCCCUUAUCGCCCCUACCCACCGGAAGAUUGGGAGUACGAAGAAAGGACCCGCAUCGGGAGGCUGCGUGAUAUUGAGAGGAGAUUGGACAUGGAACUUGGGUUUGGACGGGAUCGAUAUGAUUUUGACAGACGUGACCCAGGUAGAGGUUAUGAUAGGGACUUGGACUACCCCAGACAUCGUGCAGUGGAGCCAAGGGGUCUUGAGGCAGUGGAUGGAAAGAUAGUCAAGAGCUUUGACUAUGGUCACGGUCAAGGAGGAGACUCACCUCGCGCAGAGCAAAGAUAUGACCGAGGAGAUGAUCGUUUUGAUGCUCGAGAUACAAGAAUGCUGGAGAGGUAUCCAGAAGAGUUGAGCCACAAACCUGAAUUCUAUGAUGAAAGGGAUCCUAAUAGAUUUGGCCAAGAUCCACCUGGCAGAGACUUUGGGCCUGAUGACAGAAAGCCAGGCCGCUUUGACCCUGACCAUGAUCGAUAUGAGAGGGCUCCUGGACGGAUGGAUCCUGAAGGCAGUGCCGGGCCGUACGGAGAACAGCCAGGACGACCUUAUGAGGGCAGGCAGGAAGGGCCCCAGGACAUGGAACGUAGGGAUUAUGAUCGCCCGAUGCAGCUGCGAGAUGAGCCUGGCCAACCGGACUGGCAGCAGCAGCAGCAACGGAGAUUUGAACCGCAGCUGCACCGAACUGACCGGGAAGAUCGCCAGUUUGGCCAGGAAGCUCCACGUUAUGGCAACGAACCUAGGCAUUGUGAUCAAGAGGUGGCUGGUCAAAGAGGAGAUCCUUUCGAAUCUGAUGACAGCAUGUUUGUGUCUACAAGUUACCCAACAACAAUGGGUGAAUAUGACAGUCCUCACACUGGGGAGGAACAUCCGCCUCUACAAGUUUAUCCCCCACCCCCACCACCUCCACCAUCUGCUGAUGAACCCAAACCGAAGAGUGUCCCGAUUGAGGACUUGCUGAAGAAUCCGGGCCGUAGUCAACGGCCCAAGCAGAUCGUUAUCAUUCUGAGAGGACCCCCAGGAAGUGGCAAAACUUAUGUUUCCAAGCUCAUCAAGAAUCUAGAGACAAAGAUGGGAGGUCAAGUACCUCGGAUGCUGUGCCUGGAUGACUACUUCAUGACUGAAGUGGAAAGGAUGGAGACAGACCCAGAAACAGGGAAGAAGUUCCUCCUCAAGGUUCUCGAGUACGAGUACGAGGCCGUGAUGGAGAUAGCCUACCGCACUAGCCUCCUGAAGUCCUUCAAGAAGACAGUAGAUGAUGGCUUCUUUGAUGUCAUCAUAGUGGAUGCCAUCAAUGACAAGAUGCAGUAUGUGGUCCCCUUCAGAAACUACAGCAAGCUCAAAGGGUUUGAGGUGUUUGUUGUAGAAAUGAUGGCUGAUGCCGCAACCUGCAACAAACGAGACACUCAUAAUCGUGGCCUGGCUGAAAUACAAAAGAUUAUUCGCAGCUUUGAACCUCUGCCUGCCGACUACACCCGACUGGAUGUGCGUUCUCUCCUACAAGAUGAUUGCAUUGAGGAGGUGGAGAUGGAGGAUUUUGAUGAGGAGGCAGAGGCAGCAGCCAGACCAAAAGAGGAGGAGGAAGAUGAAGAUGACGAGGGUCUGGGUGCAUUUGUGAAGAGUAAGUGGGAGACAGCGAGUGGCGAAAAGCUGGACAAACUGGAUGGUGUACGAGCCUACAACAAGCGGAAGCAUUCGGCGGAGCAGUCACGGGUCCAGAGUAUGGAGGACUUCUUGAGUAUGUCUGAGUACGCACAAGACACUCCCAGGGAUCCUAAUGCCAAGCGGGUGCGUUGGGCCGACAUUGAAGAGAAAAAGGACCAGGAACGAAAGCGGGCCCUGGGCUUUGUUGUUGGCCAGACGGCCCAGGACUGGGCCAAAAUCACCGAUGACAACUUUGCAGAGAAGGCCCUCAACCGCACCAAGUACUUCUGAGAAGGUCACCGUCAUGGACUCUGGGCGUUAUCACUGAGAAGUCACACGAGGGGUGGCUAACGUGGCACUUCAAACAAACUUGGGAUACCACGAUGCUUAGUGCCACGUGAAAGCUUCAGCUGGUGCCUGUCUUCAAAGCUGUCGAUGUCUAAAUGUCCACCUCACACACUGAACAGCACAAAGUGGGGCCUCUCAGUAAGCUGGAUUGAAAUGGUACAGAACAGGAAGUUGUAGAGAAUCAGGUCAGCGGGACCGGUCCCUGGAAAGCCAAGCGGAACAGCUCACCACCAGCAUCUGAUGAAGACGAAACUUGCUUUAGAGCUUCUGCCAUUUUUUUUCUCGUGGAGAUUUCUGUUGUAACUUUUGAUGCUGUACACAUGGCCAGAUUAUCCUCUGUAAAUUUUACAACUUGAAAGUUAUUCAGUUUGCGAUUAAAAUAAAAGUAAUGGGUUGUAUUUAACUGUGCAGUGUCUAGAAUACCCUAACAUUUUUGCGGCAACAUCGGGGGAAACAGGUGUGAUUAGUUAAGUCAAAUUUCAAUAUUAUCAAGCUUUGCAAGAACAUGUAUCUUCAAGUAGAAUUAUGUGUUAUCAGCAUUGAGAAAUGAAGGCGCAAUGGAUUUGAAUUGAACGAAUGGUCAACAGAUUGCCCGUGUUUGCUUAAUAAUACGUAUGCUCUGAUAAUUGUUAAUUAGUUCUCUAGUCUGCCUACGGCAUUAUUUGAAAUGGAGGCAAAUGAAAUGAAAAAGAUUCUUCAAACAAGCUGAAAGUCUGCACAGGCACAUUGGUUCACCUCGUGGAAACUGAGAUGGCAGUACUUCAGGUCACUUCAGUGGUUAGUUGAUAUGGUUUGGAUUUGUUCUCUGUUUAUUUUGAGGUUUGCUUGGAAAAGGGUUUCUGUGGCUAAUGCAUCAUUUUUAUGUCUAAUAGUUAAAAUAACAAUAUUGGAAGUGGUGUUCACAGUUAAACUACCUUUGUUUUGUAAAAAAAAUGAUAUUUGCAUUGCCUGUUACGAUCCAUAUUAUCUUUGACACAAUUGGCAAGUCCACUCGCAUUUAAGAAAUAUUGUGACCUUUCUUAGGCAUCACCGUUUGCCUCCAGACUAUCAUUGUUUGAAAAAAAAAGUUGUACUUGAAAACUAUGAAUAAUUCCACAUUGUAGAUGCGUAGGUAAUUGAAGAAAGUAUACUACAUUGUAGGAAUAUUGUGUAAGUUGUUACGUCACUGUUCCUGCCCAGACAGCUGUCUGUACUGUCUUUCAGAUCUUUGCCGAGUUUUAUAGUGCAACUACUCAGCGAGAAACGAGAACUACGCUUUUAUCCACGCGAACACAGUGGUGCGUUCAGUAGACCUACUUCAACUCUACACAGUAAAGUGUUAAUUUUCCUUGAUAAGAGCAGUGUGGAUUAAAAAAUAAAACAAAAUGAAAACAAAUCCUUAGAUUUUCUA